AUGUUCUUCUCGCAACAACCCAUCCAUCUCGCUCGCGCCGAGGAGCUCAAACGGGAGCCUCCAAAAGGCACUCCCUACUCGGUGCCCAUCCCCGGCACGGAACAGCCCGGCCGGAGUCCAAUCUACCGCGCCUGGAACACCCAGAAGGAGCUCAUCACCACCUUGGACCCCCAGGUCCGCACCGCGCAUGACAUUUUCGAAUUCACCGCCAAUCGCCUGCCCAAAAGCCACUGUCUCGGAUGGCGUCCCUACAACCCGGUCGACAAGACCUAUGGCCCCUACCAAUGGAUCGACUAUCAGACCGUCCAGAAGCGCCGCACGGACUUCGGUGCCGGUCUGGUCGAGUUGCACCAGAAGCAUGGCUGUCUGCGGACUGGCCAGUAUGGUGUCGGACUCUGGUGUCAGAACCGUCCCGAGUGGCAGAUCACUGACCUUGCGUGCAUGUCCCAAGGCCUGUACUCGGUCUCCAUCUACGACGUCCUCGCGGCCGAUGCCACCGAGUACAUCAUCAACCACGCGGAGUUGAGCUGCGUCGUGACCUCUCUGCCUCAUAUCCCUACCCUGUUGAAAUUGAAGCCCAUGCUGCCGAAUCUCAAGUUCAUUGUCAGCUUGGAUCCCCUGGAUGCCGGUGAGCAGGCCGGCCAUUCCAAGCGCGCUCUGCUGGAGUCUGUGGCCGCCGGCCAAGAUGUGUCCAUCUAUACGAUCGACGAGGUGGAGCAGCUCGGUGCUUCCUCCGGCCGUGCCAUGCAACCCCCUUCCCCCGAGGACAUUGUCACCAUCAACUAUACCUCCGGUACCACUGGCCCGCCCAAGGGCGUGGUCCUGACCCACGGAAACGCCACGGCCGCCGUGGCCGCCGGUCUCGUUCUGACCGACCACAACCAGGGAGACACCUUUGCCUCUUAUCUCCCCCUCGCCCAUAUCUACGCCCGUCUGUCGGAGCACCUCGCUUUCUAUGCAGGCGCUCGUAUCGGUUACUUCCACGGUAACAUCGUGGAGCUGGUCGAUGACCUGAAGCUGCUCAAGCCAACCGGCUUCAUCUCGGUUCCCCGCCUGUACAGCCGCUUUGGCAAUGCCAUUCGUGCGUCGACCAUUGAGGCCCCCGGUUUCAAGGGUGCUCUCUCCAGACACGUCGUGGCUGCGAAGACUGCCAACCUGAAGAACCCGGACCCUUCCAAAGCCACGGUGAAGCAUGCGCUGUACGACCGCAUCUGGGCCAAGAAGGUGGCCGCAGCUCUCGGUCUGGAACGCGCCCGAGUGAUGGUUUCCGGUUCCGCCCCUCUGGACCCGUCCCUGCACAACUUCCUACGCGUGGCGAUUGGCGCCGAUUUUCUGCAGGGCUAUGGUUUGACCGAGACCUACGCGAUGGCGUGCGCCCAGUCCCGGCAGGAUCUAACCGCGGGCAACUGCGGCCGUCUCGCUCCCUGCACCGAGGCUUGUCUGCUGUCUCUGCCUGACAUGGAGUACUCGGUCGAUGACAAGCCCUUCCCCCGUGGCGAGUUGCUCCUGCGCGGUGGCAACGUCUUCAAGGAAUACUUCAAGAACCCGGAAGAGACCAGCAAGGCAAUCACAGAGGACGGAUGGUUCCGUACUGGCGAUGUCUGCACGAUCGACGAGAAGGGCCGCAUCGUGAUCAUCGACCGUCGCAAGAACGUCCUCAAGCUGGCCCAGGGCGAGUACAUCUCGCCCGAGCGCCUGGAAGGUGUGUACCUGUCGGAGCUGGGCUACCUGGCCCAGGGAUACAUCCACGGAGACAGCAUGCAGACGUUCUUGGUGGGUAUCUUUGGCGUUCAGCCCGACAUGUUCGCGCCUUUCGCCAGCAAGGUGCUGGGCCGGACCAUUGCGGAAUCCGAGAUCAAGUCGGUCUUGGAUGACGAGAAGAUCCGCAAGGCGGUUCUGAAGGAUUUCGACCGGGUGGCCAAGAAGCACAAGCUUGCGGGAUAUGAACGGGUCAAGAACUGCGCUCUGAUGAUGGAGCCGUUUACCGUGGAGAACAACCUCUUGACGCCGACUUUGAAACUCAAGCGUCCUCCUACGACGAAGAUGUACCGCCAGCUCCUGGAUGAGCUGUAUGCGGCGGCCAAUGCGGAGGAGACCCCGCGGGCCAAGCUGUAG